CUCUCUCUCUCGCCGCAGUUCAAUCAGACAGCCUAGAGGCGUCGGAUCAUUGCAGGCUUCUUCACACACAGGGAGCACCAAGCUGACUCCCCACCAUUUCUCCCCUCUCCCCCGGCUAACAUGUCCACUUUCGAGCUCCUUUGUGGCUUUUGUUUCUCCCUCUGACUCCUCUGCCCACCUCCCCGUCGCUGCUGGAUUAAAUUAAAAAGAGAGCGAGCGAGAGAGAGAGCAAUGCAACAUCGAACCCGAGUGCUCUCCCCUUACUGAUUGCAACGAUUGUCUCCCAAGCGCAAGCCGCUUUUGUUCAGCGAGGAAACGUCGCAAAGGUCUGCAUCCACUGCGAGAAACGCGGCGCGGAGCCACUGGAGCUCUCGAUUUGGAGGCUCUCGGCCAUACAACCAGGAGAACCAUGUCCUCAUCCAGGUUCAAGAAGGAUAAAGAGAUCAUUGCGGACUACGAGACCCAAGUGAAAGAAAUCCGUAACCAGUUGGUGGAGCAGUUCAAAUGCUUGGAGCAACAAUCGGAAUCCCGCAUCCAGUUGCUGCAGGACCUGCAGGAGUUUUUCCGUCGCAAGGCAGAAAUCGAACUGGAAUAUUCCCGCAGUUUAGACAAACUCUCCGAGAGGUUUUCCUCCAAAAUCCGCAGCUCCCGGGAACACCAGCAGUUCAAGAAAGACCAGCACCUGUUGUCGUCUGUGAACUGCUGGUACCUGGUGCUGAACCAGACCAGACGCGAGAGUCGUGACCACGCCACCCUCAGUGACAUCUACACCAACAACGUCAUUCUGCGCUUGGCCCAGAUAAGCGAGGAUGUCAUCCGCCUCUUCAAGAAGAGCAAGGACAUUGGCAUCCAAAUGCACGAGGAGCUGGUGAAGGUGACCAAUGAACUCUAUACUGUGAUGAAGACGUAUCACAUGUACCACACGGAGAGCAUCAACGCCGAGAGCAAACUGAAGGACGCAGAGAAACAGGAGGAGAAGCAGUUCAGCAAGUCGGGGGAUCUCAACGUGAACCUCCUGCGGCAUGAAGACCGCCAGUCCCGACGCAGCUCUGUGAGGAAGAUCGAGAAGAUGAAAGAGAAGAGGCAAGCCAAGUACUCAGAGAAUAAGCUGAAGUGCACCAAAGCUCGCAACGACUAUUUGUUGAACCUGGCAGCAACAAACGCGGUGGUGGCCAAAUAUUACAUCCACGAUGUCGCUGAUAUGAUCGACUGCUGCGACCUGGGAUACCACGCUAGCUUGGCGCGGACCUUUAGGACCUACUUGUCGGCAGAGUACAACCUGGAGACGUCUCGCCACGAGGGACUCGAUGUCAUCGAGAACGCGGUGGACAAUUUGGACUCUCGCAGCGACAAGCACAAGCUCAUGGAUAUGCAUAACCAAGUGUUCUGCCCCCCAAUGCGCUUCGAGUACCUGCCGCACAUGGGAGAUGAGGUGUGCCAGGUGAGCGCCCAGCAGCCCGUCCAGACGGAGCUCUUGAUGCGCUACCACCAACUACAGUCUCGCUUGGCUACACUGAAGAUUGAGAAUGAGGAGGUGAGAAAGACCUUGGACGCUACCAUGCAAACUCUGCAAGACAUGCUGACGGUGGAGGAUUUUGACGUGUCCGACGCAUUCCAACAUAGCCGCUCCACUGAAUCCAUCAAGUCCCUUGCCUCCGAGUCCUACAUGAGCAAGAUGAAUGUAGCAAAGAGGAGAGCCAACCAACAGGAGACUGAAAUGUUCUACCUCUCGAAAUUCAAGGAGUACCUGAAUGGCAGCAACCUCAUCAUUAAGCUGCAGGCCAAGCAUGACUUACUCAAGCAGACCCUUGGCGAAGGGGAAAGAGCUGAAUGUGGAACCACAAGGCCCCCCACCCUUCCCCCUAAACCUCAGAAAAUGCGGAAGCCUAGACCGCGCUCCGUCUAUAACCAUAAGCUGUUUAACGGCAAUUUGGAGACCUUCGUCAAGGAUUCAGGCCAACCAAUUCCACUUGUGGUAGAGAGCUGUGUCAGAUACAUCAACCUGUACGGCCUGCAGCAGCAAGGCAUCUUCCGAGUGCCUGGAUCACAGGUGGAAGUGAACGAUAUUAAAAAUUCUUUUGAAAGAGGAGAAGAUCCCUUAAUAGACGACCACAAUGAACAUGAUAUCAACUCAGUGGCAGGAGUGUUAAAGCUUUACUUCCGAGGCCUGGAGAACUCCCUCUUCCCAAAGGAGCGUUUCCUGGACUUCAUCUCAACCAUCAAGUUGGAGUCGGGAGCAGAGAGAGCGCAUCACAUCCAGCAGAUUGUUGUGACGCUGCCUCGGACCGUCAUCGUUGUCAUGAGAUACCUUUUUGCUUUUCUCAAUCAUCUCUCCCAGUAUAGUGAUGAGAACAUGAUGGAUCCAUACAACUUGGCCAUCUGCUUUGGUCCCACGCUGAUGCCCAUUCCCGACAGUCAGGACCCGGUGUCAUGUCAGGCGCAUGUGAACGAGGUCAUCAAGACUAUCAUUAUACACAAUGAAGUCAUCUUUCCCAGUCUACGUGAACUAGACGGCCCAGUCUAUGAAAAGUGCAUGACCGGCGGUGAGGAAUACUGUGAUAGUCCUCACAGUGAGCCAGGAACUCUUGAUGAAGCUGACAAUGGAACUGAACCUCACACAAGUGAUGAAGAGGUUGAACAAAUCGAGGCCAUCGCUAAAUUUGAUUACGUGGGCCGCAGCCCAAGAGAGCUGUCAUUCAAGAAGGGAGCAUCUCUGCUUCUCUAUCACCGGGCAUCCGAAGACUGGUGGGAGGGCCGACACAACGGCCUGGAUGGCCUGAUCCCUCAUCAAUACAUUGUAGUGCAAGACGUGGAUGAUGCCUUCUCAGACAGCCUCAGUCAGAAAGCAGAUAGUGAAGCCAGCAGUGGGCCACAACUGGAUGAAAAAAGCUCAACCAACAAUGACGGUCCCUCACCAUGUGAGCAAUCACCCGAUUACAGCUUUGGAGGCGUCAAGGGCAGGGUCCGAUUGCGGUCCGACGGAGCAGCGAUUCCUCGCCAUCGCACCGGCACAGACACUCAGAGUCCAACCCGAGUUCCUGACACGCCUCCGCGGGCAGCUGCCUGUCCCGGCAGUCCCCACAAGAUGUCCGUCAACAAGGCGCGUAUGGAAAGCCCAGAAAAAAGGCGACUGGGGACCUUUGGUAGUGCAGGAAGUAUAAACUAUCCAGAAAGGAAGGCCUAUCCUGAGGGCCAUCCACUGAGGCCGAUGUCAGGGGCCACUCGCCAUAGCAGCCUUGGGGACCACAAGUCACUUGAAGCUGAGGCUCUGGCUGAGGACAUCGAGAAGACCAUGAACACGGCGCUCCAUGAGCUUCACGAGCUGGAGCGACAGAACUCCGCCAAGCAGGCUCCCGAUGUGGUCCUGGACACCCUGGAGCCCAUGAAGAACCCAGUGAGCUCCGAGCCCGGCAGCCCUUUGCACACCAUCAUGAUCCGUGACCCAGAUGCGGCCAUGCGCCGGAGCAACAGUUCCACCUCGGAGAUGAUGACCACCUUUAAGCCGGCGCUCUCGGCGCGGCUCGCCGCUGGCGCUCAAUUGCGCCCGCCGCCCAUGAGACCGGUACGCCCCGUUCCCACCCAGCACCGCUCAAGCAGCUCCAGUUCUUCUGGGGUGGGCAGCCCAGCUGUAACACCCACUGAUAAAAUGUUUCCCGGUAACAACACGGCAGCCGGGCCCGGCAUCAACGUGUCCACCGAUGGUGCUGACAAAUCUGGUACCAUGUAGCGAAGGUUAAAUGGGACUGCAACUCCUGAUUAAUAUUUUCGUUACUGAUUUAAUCUGUGGAUCAGAAAGUAGAGCUGAGGGGUGGGCAAAAUUUCCUACAGCUCAGGGAGAUCAUAGUCCAAAUGGCAAAAUCACCUCAUUAAAGAGUAGAUGAUGAAUGAACACUCUGGAUCCAAAAGGAACAGAGGUAAUGUUGGGUUAUUUAUAGACGGUGCGUUGGAUUGAGGAUUUCAAUCAGCAGGUUGAGUUAAGUCCAGUCUGGUUUAUAGUUACCACUAUUGAUGUGGUACAAAAUAAUACAACAUCAUUUUCUUCUAUCAGGGUUCGCCACAGUCACUCGCAUGACAUAUUUGGUAGUUUCCACUCCUGAUGCCUUUCCGGCACGUGUAGCCUACCCAUAUUCCGUUGUUA